ACUCCCUUCCAAGCUCAUUGAUGCCAUUCCUGGCAGGCCUUGAUUCCUCACCAUGUAGGCUUCUUUGUAGGCCUCCUGCAUUUCCUCACAACAUACAGCUGUUGAUGCAAGGGAGAGCCAGAGCAUGCCCAGAAUGGAAGCCACAAUUUUUUAGAACUUAAUCUCAGAAGUGAGCCAAGAAAAUAACUAAAAAAUGGCAAGUAGCAGACUUGAGGAGUCCAUGGGGGCUGUUCAUAUGGGGUUAGUCAGAAUGCUUAAAGGAUUUCAAAGCAAGGUUUUGCCACCUCUGACCCCAAAGCUGGUUACCGAAGAGGAAGUAAACCAAAUGCUCUCACCCUCCGAGUACCUGAAGGAAAUGUCCCUCACCACAGAGCAGAGACUGGCUAAUACACAUGUGAUGUGCAGACCACAGAUCAUCGAACUUUUAGAUAUGGGAGAAACAACACAUCAAAAGUUUUCAGGAGUUGACCUGGAUCAGACAUUAUUCCAGCCCUUUCCAUCAGAGAUUAUAUUUCAGAACUAUACUCCUUGUGAAGUCUAUGAAGUUCCACUGGUUUUGAGGAACAAUGACAACAUUCCAAGGAUGGUGAAAAUUGUUGAGGAAAGUUCACCUUAUUUUAAAGUGAUCAGCCCCAAAGAUGUUGGCCACAAAGUAGCUCCAGGGGUGCCGUCCACAUUCCGAAUCCUCUUCACUCCAGAGGAGAACAAGGAUUAUGCCCAUGUGUUGACCUGUGUUACUGAAAGAGAAAAGUUUAUUGUGCCAAUUAAAGCUAGAGGUGCACGAGCCAUCCUUGAUUUUCCCGACAAGCUGAAUUUUUCCACUUGCCCUGUGAAAUACAGCACUCAGAAGAUUCUGCUGGUACGAAACAUUGGCAAAAAAGAUGCUGUGUUUCACCUCAAAACUUGUAGGCCUUUCUCCGUAGAGCCGUCUGUUGGAACUCUUAAUGUGGGAGAGACCAUGCAACUGGAAGUGGAGUUUGAGCCUCAGACUGUGGGCAAUCACAGUGAAAGACUUAUCGUAGCUUAUGAUACAGGUGAAAAGGUUUUUGUCUCUUUGUAUGGAGCUGCCAUAGACUUGAAUAUAAGGCUGGACAAGAAUUCCUUGAUCAUUGAGAAAACCUACAUAUCUUUGGCCAGUCAGCGAAUGAUAACCAUUCACAACCACAGUAACAUCAUUGCCCAUUUCCAGUGGAAGAUAUUUGCUACCCAAGAAGAGGAAGAAAGAGAAAAACAUAGGGUCUGUCAUGAUCUGAACAAAGAGGAGAAGAAAGAGACUGAUGAGUUUCUUGAAGAGUGCAUUAUUGAUCCUUCACUCCGAGAACGUCUUUCCAUUCUCUCCCGUACCUUUGAGAAUCAUCGAAGGCUGGUGUGGGGAGACAGCAUGCUCUUCUUAAAUAGCGUUUUCACUAUCGAGCCCCUGGAAGGUGACAUAUGGCCCAACUCAUCAGCUGAAAUCACUGUGUUCUUUAACCCUCUAGAAGCCAAGCUCUACCAACAGACUGUUUACUGCAACAUAUCAGGCCGAGAGAUCCGUCUGCCUCUCCGAAUCAAAGCAGAAGGAAUGGGACCUAAUAUUCAUUUCAACUUUGAAUUACUGGAUAUUGGGAAAGUUUUCGUUGGAUCCGUCCAUUGUUAUGAGACGAUCCUGUCCAACAGAGGCAGCAUUGAUGCCCUCUUCAAUGUGGGGCCUCCAGCUACGGCCUUGGGGGCCUGCUUUGUUUUCAGUCCCAGAGAAGGCAUCAUCGAACCAGGUGGAGUCCAGGCUAUCCAGAUCUCCUUCAGUUCUGCUAUCCUGGGGCCCUUCCAAGAAGAGUUUCUGGUCAACGUCAAUGGGUCACCUGAGCCUGUGAAAUUGACCAUUAGAGGCUGUGUCAUUGGACCUACCUUCCAUUUUAAUGUACCAGCUCUACAUUUUGGUGAUGUUUCCUUUGGGUUUCCUCAUACCUUGAUGUGUUCCCUCAAUAACACCUCCUUGGUCCCCAUGAACUUCAAAUUGCGUGUCCCUGGGGAUGGCCUUGGGAGUAAAAGCAUUUCAAGUAGUGAGCAGUAUUCAGAUGACAGUAGACCAUCUUGGAAAAAGGAAGAAAUACCGACCAUGAAACCAAAAGAAUUCACCAUCACACCCAGCAGUGGCACCAUUCGUUCCCAGGGAUUUGCUGCUAUUAAGGUGACCUUAUGCUCCAACACUGUGCAGAAUUAUGAGCUGGCUCUGGUGGUCGACGUGGAGGGCAUUGGAGAAGAAGUGCUGGCACUCUUAAUCACAGCGAGGUGUGUUGUACCUACCCUCCACAUGGUUAGUACAGAGGUGGACUUUGGGCGCUGCUUCCUGAAGUACCCAUACAAGAAAGCAAUCAAGCUUGUCAAUAGUUGUGACCUCCCAGGAUGCUAUGAGGUCCUGCCUCAGGUAUGUGAGGAUGAUGCUCCUGUGCUGCUUUGUAGCCCCAUCCCCCAUGGGAUCAUCCCUCCCCGCAGCACCGUGGACAUUCCUCUGGCCCUGGAGACCCAAGUCACUGGAGAGCACAGGUCCACAGUUUACAUCUCAACCUUUGGGAGCCCGGAUCCACCUAUAGCAUGUCACUUAAAGAGCAUAGGAGAAGGCCCAGUCAUCUAUGUGCAUCCCGCUAGAAUUGACUUUGGCUUUAUCUACGUCCUAAAGGACUCCUCCAGGCUUCUCAGUCUAUCUAACCAGUCCUUCAUCCCUGCUUCAUUUCGGGCACGCAUGGCACGCAAAAAGUCCCUUUGGACAGUUAAACCUAAUGAAGGCAUGGUUCCCCCGGAAACCGAUGUCCCACUGACACUGACUGCCAACCUGAAUGACAUACUGACAUUCAAAGACACGGUCAUUUUGGACAUUGAAAAUAGCAACACCUAUCGGAUUCCUGUCCAGGCUUCGGGAAUUGGUUCCACCAUUGUUUCAGAUAAGCCCUUUGCUCCAGAACUCAAUUUGGGAGCAUAUUUUAGCCUGGACACCUAUUAUUACCGUUUCAAGCUUACCAACAAGGGACGUCGGGUCCAGCAGCUGUUCUGGAUGAACGACGGUUUUCAUCCCCGGCAAAAGCAGAGCAAGAAGAGCCUGGCUAGGAAGGGCCGAGCUGCUGGCCAGCCCCAGUCCAAGGUCUCCCAGCCCCGGGAUCCUCACAGCCCCGUGUUUCAGCUCCACCCCGUCAGGAUGGAGCUGUACCCAGGCCAGACGAUCGACGUGAUACUCGAAGGCUAUUCUGCUACUCCUAGGGUUGUCAAAGAAAAGCUGGUUUGCCAUGCCAUCAUAGGGGCACAAAAGGGGAAGAGUCUGGUGAUGGCUGUGAAUAUCAUCUGUGAGUUUAUAGAGCCUCUGAUCCAGCUCUCCACCAAGCAGCUCAUAUACCGACUGGAGAAGAAACCAAAUGCUGUCCUGGAACCUGAUUACCGGCCCUUGGUCAUGAAGAACAUUUCAACCUUGCCUGUGAAUGUGUUGCUCUCAACAUCUGGACCCUUCUUUGUCUGUGAGACUGAUAAAUCCCUGCUGCCCAUAACUCCUGAGCCUAUUAAACUGGAGGUUAAUGAAGAAAAAAAACUGCUGGUCAAGUUUGACCCUUCCUACAGAAAUGAUUUGAACAACUGGGUGGCAGAAGAAAUUCUAGCAAUUAAGUAUGUGGAGCACCCUCAGGUAGACAGCCUGAACCUGCGUGGAGAAGUGCAUUACCCCAACCUGAGCUUUGAGACCAUGGAGCUGGACUUUGGCUGUAUCCUGAAUGACACCGAGGUGAUCCGCUACAUCACCAUCACCAACACCAGCCCCUUGCUGGUGAAGUUCCGCUGGUCCUUCCUGGUGGACCACGAGGAAAAUCAGAUAAGGUUUGUGGCAUGGCCAAGGAAGCCCUACAGUGCCCCUCUGUUGCAGAUGGAGUCCAACCCAGCACCCUCACUGUCUAUCAGCUCGCCAGAGAUCUCAACUCUAAUGGAUUCCCCAGAAAUCGAUUUAAAUGAUUUUGUUAAGACUAUCCUUGUGGAUGAAGAUGUCGAUCACGAAGAAAGAGUAAUCAGAAAUACACAGCCAGCCACCAUGAUCAUUCCAGACGGAUCAAAACUGAACUCAGCUGAAACAGAGAGAAUACACCAAAGCCACAGUCAGGUUGAGUUUCACGAAUCCCUAUGGAUCUUUGAACAGGAUGAAAUGCUUUCCCUUGGGAUAGAAGAAGUGUUUGACAUUUUGCCCCUCUACGGCGUGCUGCAGCCACACAGUAGCCACCAGAUAUCUUUCACCUUCUAUGGACACUGUAACAUCAUUGCACAAGCAAAAGCUCUGUGCGAAGUGGAAGAAGGGCCCACCUAUGAAAUAAUGCUAAGGGGAGAAGCCUCUCUGGUCAAAUAUUCCUUUGACACCAAGGAUAUUAACUAUGGAUUACAGUUGUUUGACCAUGUCACGGAACGAGAAAUCACACUGAAGAAUACUGGAAAAGUUGGCUUUGAAUUCAAGGUUCUGACCGACAACCAGUCUUCACCAGACAGCCUUCUGCCCGGAGUGCCACAAAUCCUGCCUCUCUCAGGUUUUAUUGGGUCACUUAAAGAGCAGGUGUUGAAGGUUUGCUACCUACCUGGAAUACCUGAGAUCUUUCAGAGAAAUUUCCAGAUACAGAUCGCCCACUUGAACCCAGAAAAUAUCACUCUAAGUGGAGAGGGAAUCUUUCCCCGGAUCUGCCUCGAUAUCCCCAGGAACCUCAAAGGUAAUGAAAAGUAUGAAACCUUCCUGAAUCAGGCCAAGAAAAACCUGGAAAGAGAGUAUGAGAAAUAUGAAACUCUGGAUCAAUUAGAUAUAAUAACUGAGGAGAUCCCUGAAGAUGAAUCUGCUGAGUUAAGUGCUCAGCUCCAGAUGGAAGUAGAGCGGCUGUUAGUCCAAGAGUAUGCCCUAGAAUAUCAGAAAACUGCUACUCCCGAUUCCACAGAUGACUCCUGCUUCAGCCAUAGGAGUCGCCUCAAGCUGACCAAAGUCCAGCUGCCAGAGUAUAUCUUGGACUUUGGCUACAUUAUCCUUGGUGAGGUCCGAACCCAUAUCAUCAAGAUCACCAACACCAGUCACUUUCCAGUGUCCUUGCAUGCUGAAAAGCGUGUCCUUCAUGACACAGGCUUCACUACUGAGCUAGAUCGUGUAAAGAAUCUACCUUACUGUGAAACGGAAACGUUUGAAGUGAGGUUUGAUCCACAGGGGGCCAAUCUUCCUGUUGGAAACAAAGAAGUCACUCUGCCCAUCAAGGUGGUUGGAGGGCCAACAGUUCACAUCUGCCUCCAAGCCAGGGUGACUAUUCCAACUAUGACAUUGUCUCGUGAAAAAGUGGAAUUUGCCACCAUUCAGUGUGGACAGUGCCUCGUGGAAACAAUUCAGCUUUCCAAUCAUCUCCAAGUCCCUUGUGAAUGGUUUGUCCACAGCUAUAAGCCUGUUAGUAAGCUAGAGAAACACAUGCCAAAGUACCUAAGAAAGAAACUACAUGCUGAAUUAAAGCCAAAGACCCGGGUCUUUGAGAUUCAGCCCACAUCUGGAAUCUUGGAUCCUAAUGAGCGAUCCAACGUGCAAGUGAAAUUCAUGCCCACGGAAGAGAAAUUUUACAGCCAAACCCUGGUGUUCCAGAUUGGCCAAAGUGCUCAGAAGCUCACGCUGCUAGCACAGGGGCAAGGUCUGGAGCCACGUCUGGAAUUUAAUCCUUCCGUUCUGGAGCUGGGGCCGCUGCUGCCCUGUGCGACCGGUGACGAGGCUGAGGUGGUGGUGAAGAAUCCGUGCAACUUUCCCAUUGAGUUUUACUCUUUAGAAUUUGACCAGCAAUAUCUCCUGGAAGAAAAGAUCUUACGGACGCUGAAGAGUUUUGAUUCCUAUAACACCCUGCUGUUGCCUCCCCGGACGCCAGGAGAGAAGCUGCCCCUGGAGGUGUAUGAGUACUUUAAGGAAGUGAAACGGUCGAAAGAGGAACAGAUGAAGGCGAAAUAUCUGGAGGAGAAUGCAGAAGAGGAAGAUGUGCCCUCAUCAGAUCAGGGAACCUCUACCAGCACCAAGAGGACCUCGCUUAGCCGAGGGAUAUCUGUCACAUCCAACCUGGACGAGCGGCACGUCCCUUUGGCUGAAUCCAAAUAUUACCUAGAUGAAGAGGAGGAUGAGGAGAGCCAGACUGACAAACUACAGAGCCUUGACAGCCACUCCAUGGAGGAAGUUGGAGAGUUAGAAAACAACCCAGUGAGCAAGGCCAUUGCGCGCCACCUGGGCAUUGACAUUUCUGCAGAGGGCCGCCUGGCCAAGAACCGGAAGGGCAUCGCCAUCAUCAUCCACGGGACGCCCUUGUCAGGAAAGUCUGCCACUGCUGUCAGCCUGGCCAAGUACUACAACGCAGCCUGCCUGAGCAUCGACUCCAUCGUGCUGGAAGCCAUCUCCGACGGGAACAAUGUCCCAGGGAUCCGGGCCCGGGAGCUCUGCAUCAGGGCUGCCAUUGAGCAGUCCAUGAAAGAAGGAGAGGAGCUUGCCCAGGAGGGUGCUUUGAACCAAAAUGUCAUAGGACCAAUACGACUGAGCAAUGAGGCCUUGGGCAAGUAUGCCUCGGAAUCCACUCUGGUAACCCCUGAAAUUAAACCUGGAAAGAGUGUGCGUGGAAGUGUGCUGAUCAACAAAGGCAAGGCUGAGAGCCACAGCUCUGGGUCCCAGAAGCAGCAUCAUCUGCAUUCGUCUGAAACACCACAGGUUUCCUCCAGCCCUCUCCCGUCAGGACCCACCCAGCGACGACUCAGUGUCAGUGCCAGUAUCGGAGGGGAGACUGGGCUGAUGAGCUGUGUGCUCCCCGAGGAUCUACUUGUGCAGAUUCUGGCCGAGAGAAUACAGCUGAGUGACUGCUACCGAGGAGUGGUGUUUGACGGCCUCGACACGCUCUUUGCGCGGAGUGGGACUUCAGCUCUCCUCUGCCUGCUGAAGGCCAUCGGCAGCCGGGAGCACAUCUACGUCCUCAACAUCGCCCAGGACUAUGCAGUCAUGAAGGCCGAGGAGAAAGCCAAGAAGGAACAAGAAGAAAGCAGACAGAGGGAAGCUCUUGAGAAAGAGAAGGAACGUCUCCAAACCAUGGAUGAGGAAGAAUACGAUGCCAUGACAGAGGAGGAGAAAAUCUCGUUUGACAGGGAGGUUCAGCAGGCCCUCCGGGAGAGGAAAAAGAGGGAGCUGGAGCGGCUGGCAAAGGAGAUGCAGGAAAAUAAGCUGCAGCAAGAGCUUGAACGGCAACGGGAAGAAGACGAGCAGAAACGGAAGCUCAGAAAACCGAAGCAGGGUCUGGUAAAGGAGGAGCCCCCAGUAAAGAAAUCUCAAACAUCCAACCGGCAGGGUCUUACGUCCACCAGACUAGAAGUCAAGGUAGAGCCAGUAGAAAGGAAAGUAUCUGUCAGGGAGCAAGUAAUGUCUGAGAAGGAAGAACUAAGCAAGAAAAGAAAGAACCACUUGAUGGAUACCAACUUGGUUGGACUUCCUCUUGCCCAGGAUCAAGAAGACAGCGAAGGAGACUUCUCGAAGGACGCUGACAAACAGUUGGCACAGAAGUUUAAGACCUAUGAGUCGAGUCUGAAGGAUAUCCAGAACAUCCUCAUGUACUGGGACCGGAAGCAAGGAAUUCAGCUGCAUCAGUCAGGGGCAGAGGAGGUGCCCCACGAGCCCGAUGACCAGCGCCAGGUUCUGUCUGGUGGGCGCAGAGGCCGCAAGGACAGGGAGAGGGAGCGCUUGGAGAAGGAGCGAGCAGAGAAAGAGCGCCUGGAGCGGGAGAAGGCUGAGAAGGAGCGUCUGGAGAAGCUCCGGGCCGUGGAGGAGCGGAGUGAUGGAGAAGGUGAAGGGGAAGAGGACCAUGAAGGGAAGAAGGAUUUGGGUGUUCCUUUCAUCAGCAUCCAGACCUCUGACUUGGCAGACUCAGGUUGGAAGCAGACCCUGGAGAAUGACAAGCUUCCCAAACUGGACCAGAUCCUAGACAUCUUAGGUCUGGGUUCCUCUGGACAACCCAUCCCGCCUCCCACCUUAUUCUCAAUAAUCUCCUACCCUGUGAAGCGGUUGCCUUUGGCCACAACAGAUGUCCUGAAGCAUUUUGUGUUUGUGAUCCCACAAUCGGAAGAGCUCUCCAUGAUGGAAGAGAAGAAAGAAAUGGACACAGACGCAGAGCUUUCAACCUCGGCCCCCACUGUGAAGGCCCAAGAGGAGCAGACUGCCCCCUCUAAGGGGAACAAACAGAAACUGAAAGAAAAAUCAGAGCAGGUCCGCGAGCCUCAGAAGGAAAAACACCGUAUGGCCUUCAACAGGAAGGGCCUCUCUGGGGGACCUCCUGGAACCAUUCCCCCACUGUCAGACAUCAACCAGAACAACUUCACCGGGCAGCUCUCCCAGGAGAAGUUCGUCAGGCUGAAUCAUUUCCGUUGGAUUGUGCCAGCCAAUGGUGAGGUGGCAUUGCGUGUGCACUUCUCGUCUAAUGAUCUCGGGAACUUUGACCAAACUUUCACCUUUGAGAUCCUUGGGACACGCCGCCAGUACCACCUUUAUUGCCGAGGUGUCUGCACGUACCCAUACAUUUGCCAAGACCCAAAAGUGGUGUUUGCUCAGCGGAAGAUGGACAUGAAGAUAAAUGAGGUCAUCUUCAAGAAUUAUGUUAUGAGCAUGGAGAGGUUUUACUUUGGACCACUGCUUUGUGGCAAAUCAAGAGAUAAGUACAAGUCAUCUAUUUUCCCAGGCAACAUGGAGACACUGACGAUCCUGAACAAUUCCCCAAUGCUUGUGGAGGUGUUCUUCUGUUUUCAGAAUGAUGUCAAAGCAAACACCUACUUCCUGGAGCCCACCACCAUGAUUCUGAAACCCAAUGAGAAGCAGCUGCUGAACUUAUGGGCCUACCCUACUGCAGUUGGUACCUUUGAAGACAACAUCGUCUGCUGCAUCAAAGAGAACCCAGAGCCAGCCAUCUUCAAAAUAAGCUGCCAGGGGGUCCGUCCUGAGCUGGAACUGAACCACAGACAAUUGCAUUUUGACCGGCUCCUGCUGCACAGAAAAGAAUCUAAGGUAGUUCUCCUCCGCAAUAUCACGCCUCUGCCCGUGGCCUGGCGGAUCACCAGCCUGGAGCACCUGGGUGAUGACUUCACCGUGUCCCUGAUGCAGGGGACCAUCGCCCCCAAGGCUGAGUAUGGCCUGCAGGUGCACUUCCAGCCCUCCAAACCCAUCAACAUCAAGAAGGCUAUUCGGCUGGAGGUUUUAGAUGCAGAAAAUCUUGUUGGUGUUGUUCAGAUUGAAAACAUCCUGAUCUUUGCAGAGUCAUACGACAUCGCCUUGGACAUCACCUUCCCCAAAGGAGCUGAAGGAGGCCUUGAUUUUGGGAUCGUGAAGGUCUUGGAGGAGGUGAAGCAGCCCCUGCAACUGAAGAACCGCGGGAAAUACGAGAUCGCAUUCAGCUUUUCUUUGGACUCUAUAGGGUCUUCAGUGACCAAUGUAAAUUCCUUUAUCUCAGUCCAACCCAAGAAGGGCUCACUGACCACAACAGAAAAGCCCACAAAUGUCCAGGUGUUCUUUCGUGCAAAAAAGGAAGUGAAGAUUGAGCACCAGCCCAUCCUGCGAUGUCAAAUUAUUGAGCCUAGUAUUGUGGAAGGAGGUGAGAUCAUUGCCAGCAUCCCAAUUAAGAUUUCUGUGAAUGCAGUAUUCUCCAAAUACAACAUCAGCCCUUCCACCAUGAUCAACUUUGGGGCUUUGAUCUGUGGCACUCGUAAAAGCACCACCUUCACCAUAGAAAACCAAGGUGUUACUGACUUCAAGUUUGCCCUUUAUAAGACGACGGGAGAGAGCCCCAUUCAUCAAAAGAAAGUAGCCAGCCAUAUUAGACAUGCAAGAUCUAGGGAAAGUGAGAGCUUCAGCAAGUCCGGCUCUACUAAAGCUGCCAAGUUCUCUGACUCUGUUCAAAAAGAAGUAAAUACCACCAACCAGGCUCGCUUCUCCCAUGGCAUGUUCACCGUGUACCCUGGCUUUGGCUCCGUCCCAUCAGGAGGACAGCAAGUCAUCACCGUUGACUGUGUGGCUGACCCUGUGGGAAGGUGUGAGGAGUUUAUAGCUAUAGAUAUCUCCGACCGAGAUCCAAGAGACCAGCCUGCUGGCAUCCCUUACACUCUGUUGGCUGAAGCCUGUCUGCCAGCCUUUGUGACUGACAACAACAUCUUGAUAUUUGAGGAGCACCAGAUCUGUACCAGUCCCAACCUGUACCAGAUUCUGCAGACCAUAGAGAGUGGGGGACUGUACGUGGAGGACGAGAACAAGUUCAUCUUCUGCAACGUCCUAGUGGGCCAUCGGGCCAGUGCUCGGUUCAAAAUCUGCAACGUGGGAAAGAUUGCCUGUGAUGUGAAUGUUGUGGUGAAGCCUGUCUCCAAUAAGGCCAUUGCUCGCAUUAUCGACAUUUUUGAAGUGGAACCCAACAAAUUGUGUGUUGCCAGUCGUUCACAUGCCUUUGUCACAGUGUCCUUCACUCCGCAAACCAUGCAGACCUACCAGUGUAUUUUUGAGGCCACGCUGGAUGGCUUGCCCAGCAACCUGGCUAAGAACCGAAGCCUCGUGUUUGAUAUCAUUGGAGAAGGGAACCUCCCUCGUGUGACCGUUGUGCGGCCACUUCUCCAUAACCAAUCUGGAAACCCUUUGCUCCUCUUUAAGAGGCUUCUGAUUGGGCAUUCAGAGAAACUGCCUCUCAUCCUCAAGAACAAUGGCACCAUCCCUGCCCAGCUGCAUGUUGACUUACGGGACAAAUUAGGAGUCUUCUCCCUAAAAGGGAAGCCUGAUACCUCCUACAUCUACAUUGUAGAGGAAAACAAACCAAAUGUAAAAGCUAAGAAAGCUCACACCGCCUCCCUCAUUGUUUCUCCUGGAGAGACAGCUGCAUUUGAUGUACUUUUCCACUCCCAGAAGGCUGGGAGAAUGAUGGGCACCAUCCACUUGUCAGUGAUCAACAACCAGUAUGAGGAGACCGUCAUCCACAUGGUGGGAGAGAGCUACGAGGACGACAUCACUUUGGACAACAUCCACGGGCUGGUGACUUCUGCAAGCCAGGAGGUCUCAGAUAUCUCUGAGGUCCCAGAGAUCACUGAGGAAAGGCUUAUGGAUGACUUUGUGGCAGCUGCCCUGGUGGACCACAUCCAGUUUGGGGACUGCCACAUUGGCAACAGCUAUAAUGUGAGCUUCACAAUCACUAAUCACAGCCAAGUGACUAUGAUACGAUUUGAAUGGCCCGUUUUAGCUACAAUUUCCUUCUCCCCACAGAUUGGCCACCUCCAUCCCGGAUGUGCCAAGGACAUAGCGGUGACCCUGAAGUCAGACGUGCCCAUCAACCUGAAGAAGAUGGAGGUCAAAUGUAAGCUCUCCAAGAUCAUGUUUCAGCAACCUGUAGACCAGAUCCCCGACUGGGAUGACCGCAUGCACACAGUCAAGUGGGUGGACCAGCUCAGAAAUACACCUGGGGCCUUCACCACAAAAAGAAAAGUGGUAGAGACGGAUCCUGAACCUGCCCACACAGUACUGGAAGAAAACUACCGCGAACUGAGGCUGCAGAUCAGUGUAAACGUGGAUUUUGCUUCCUACCACUGCCGCACGAGCGAUGUGCACUUUAAGGAAACGCUGGUUUACCAGACCCGAGUGUUUGAACUUGAACUGAUUAAUUCAGGAAAUGUGCAGCUGGAAUUCACCUGGGUCUCAGAAGAGACUGGAAAGGCUGUCAGCUUUGCAAUGCCAGAAAACCAAGGUUCCUCUUACAAGGAUCAGCUCAGCCAGGGCACGGUGCAUACGGGCAGCACUCUGGAGAGCAUCCCGGACCACUGGAAUGAGGGUUUCUCGUCCUUCUCUGUGGAGCCCUCCUCAGGCAUCGUCCCUGUGGGGAAACUUCAGAAGCUCAAACUGAAAUUCUCCCCAUUGGAUGUUGGAGACUUCGAGAGCACUCUUUUCUGCCAGAUUCCAAACCUGCCACCUGGAGAACAAGGCCCAGUCCUGAUAGCAAAAGGGCGGAGUUUCUUGCCCUUCUGCCAUUUUGACCUGAAAGACUCAGAUUAUAUCAGUGGUCAUCGGCGCAACACAGAGCUCCAAGGACCUGGAGGCGGAACUCUGGACCCAAACACUCGGGUGAUUGAGUUCACCAGUGUGGGCAUCGGAGGAAAGAAUCUCCGGACCUUUACAAUCUUGAACCCGACCAACAGUACCUACUCCUUCUCCUGGAUCUCUGAAGAAAUCGAAAGUCUCCAGAACCCUCCAGCCUUCACGUGCCUUACAGAGAAGGGCUUCAUUCACCCUGAAAAGAAAGCUGAGAUCAUCUUCCAAUUCAUGCCUUUCCAUCUGGACAUCACGGAAGCAUUCUGGACUUUCUUAAUCCCUGAACACAACAUCAAAGUCCCUUUCCUGCUGGUGGGAAAAACCACUGACCCUCUUAUCUCUCUGGACAAGUCACACCUCAACUUCAGUUGUCUCCUCAUUGGCAGAGAGGCCAGAGAAACGGUGAAGCUCAUCAACAAGGAGGAGCAGGGGUUCAGUUUUGCCUUCCAGGACAACUCACGGUAUUCCGAAGGCUUCAGCAACAGCCUGGUCGUAUGUCCCAUGGAAGGCUGGGUCCCACCGCUGUCCAGGUUCCCCAUUGAUAUUUUUUUCACACCUAAGCAGGAAGGAAAUGUAAACUUUAAUUUGAUCUGCAAUGUGAAAAAGAAAGUCCAACCUAUCACCUUAAAUGUCAAGGCUGAGGGCUAUGCUAUGAAUGCAGAGGUCAAGUGCAAGGACAGGACUGGCUCAGUUACUGUCUUGACUCCCAAUCAGACGAAUAUCAUCAGCUUUUAUGAGGUGGAACUAAAUGAAUGUGUCCAGUGUGAAUUAAUCUUUAUCAACACCGGGAAGUUCAACUUCAGCUACCAGGCAGAGCUGUCUGGCUCCAAAGCCCUGCUGCAAUACUUGGAAUUUGCACCCAUUGAUGGCUCUGUGGAUGUGGGGCAAACUGUACAUGCCACCUUGUCUUUCCAGCCAUUUAAGAAGUUUGUCUUGAAGGGCCUGGAACUCAGAAUCAAGAUCAGUCAUGGCCCAACAUUUACAUGCAGCAUCUCAGGCUGUGCCGUGAGCCCAGCUGUCCACUUCUCCUUCACCAGCUACAACUUUGGUACCUGCUUCAUCUACCAAGCAGGGAUGCCCCCAUAUAAACAAACCCUGGUUGUCACCAACAAAGAAGAAACGUCUAUGAGCAUAGAUUGUUUAUACACCAACACCACUCAUCUUGAGGUGAACUUCCGUGUCGAUGUGAUAAAGCCAGGAAAGAUGCUGGAGAUUCCAAUCAUCUUUUAUCCUAGAGAAAGUAUCAAUUAUCGAGAACUCAUCCCCUUUGAAAUCAAUGGGCUCUCACAACAAAUAGUUGAAAUCAAAGGGAGAGGCACUGAAAUGAAGAUUUUGGUCCUAGAUCCAGCCAAUAGGAUUGUGAAAUUAGGAGCUGUCCUGCCAGGACAGGUUGUAAAAAAAACAGUUUCCCUCAUGAACAACAGCCUCGCUCAGCUCACAUUUAACCAGUCAAUCGUGUUUACACUUCCGGAGCUCCAGGAGCCUAAGAUCAUCACCCUGACGCCCUUCCAAAACAUUACUCUGAAGCCCAAAGAAGUCUGUAAGGUGGACAUCAUCUUUGCCCCAAAGAAGCGUGUCCCCCCCUUCUCCGAGGAGGUGUUCAUGGAAUGCAUGGGGCUGCUGCGGCCCCUCUUCCUGCUCAGCGGCUGCUGCCAGGCCCUGGAGAUCUCCCUGGACCAGGAGCAUCUGCCCUUCGGACCCGUCGUGUAUCAGACGCAAGCCACACGCCGCAUCCUCAUGCUGAACACCGGUGACGUGGGUGCAAGGUUUAAAUGGGAUGCCAGGAAAUUCGAGCCUCAUUUCUCCAUCAGCCCGGAAGAGGGCUAUAUCACCUCGGGCAUGGAGGUUUCUUUCGAAGUGACCUAUCAUCCCACUGAGGUGGGAAAGGAGAGUGUCUAUAAAAACAUGCUCUGCUUCAUCCAGGGAGGCAGUCCUCUGACCCUCACCCUGUCUGGGGUCUGCAUCGGACCACCCGCAAUAAAAGAGGUAGUGAAUUUUAACUGCCAGGUGCGCUCCAAGCACACACAGACCAUCUUGCUUUCCAACCGCACCAAUCAGACCUGGAACCUGCACCCCAUCUUUGAGGGCGAGCACUGGGAAGGGCCUGAGUUCAUCACCCUGGAGGCCCAUCAGCAGAACAAGCCCUACGAGAUCACCUAUAGACCCUACACAAUGAACUUGGAGAAUCGCAAGCAUCAGGGGACCCUCUUCUUCCCCCUCCCUGAUGGAACUGGCUGGCUGUAUGCACUGCAUGGGACUUCUGAGCUCCCCAAGGCUGUGGCCAAUAUCUACCGUGAAGUGCCAUGUAAGACACCCUACACUGAGCUCCUGCCAAUCACUAAUUGGCUGAACAAGCCACAAAGAUUCCGGGUCAUUGUGGAAAUGAUGAAACCAGAGAAGCCAGACCUAAGUGUCACUAUAAAGGGCCUUGAUUACAUCGAUGUACUGUCUGGCUCCAAGAAAGACUACAAGCUGAACUUCUAUUCCUACAAGGAGGGACUGUACACUGCAAAGGUAAUCUUCCGAAACGAGGUGACCAACGAGUUCUUGUACUACACCGUGAGUUUCAGGGUCAUCCCUUCAGGCAUCAUCAAAACCAUCGAGAUGGUGAGCCCGGUCCGGCAGAGUGCAUCAGCCUUCAUCAAGGUGGAGAACCCCUUGCCCUACACAGUGACCCUAGCCACGGAAUGCAGGGUGCCCGACAUCACCCUGCCCUCCCAGUUUGUGGUGCCUGCCAACUCUGAGGGCACACUCUCAUUUGAAUUCCAGCCCCUGAGGGCUGGAGAAAUCUUCGGGAGACUAACUUUGCACAACAAUGAUUUGGGUUACUACCAGUAUGAGCUCAACCUGAAGGCCAUGCCAGCACUGCCUGAAAAGCCUGUCUAUUUCCAGACUGUUCUUGGCAGCAGCCAGAGCAUCUUUGCCAAGUUCACCAAUUACACCCGGCAGAAGACAGAAUACCUCUGCAGGACCGACAGUCCAGACUUCCACACAGAAAAAGUCAUUAACGCAGCCCCGGGAGCCCAAGGAGGCACUGAAGUCAGCGUGGAAGUCGUCUUUGAGCCCAGCCACCUGGGUGAAACCAGAGGCCUCCUGAGCCUGUCCUCGCUUGUGGGUGGGGAAUACACCAUCCCCCUCUUUGGAAUGGCCCUGCCCCCCAAGCCCCAGGGUCCCUUCCAGAUCCGAGCCGGGUACAACAUCAUCAUCCCCUUCAAGAACGUUUUCUAUCACACGGUGACCUUCUCCUACAUCGUGGAGAACCCAGCCUUCACCAUCCGCGCGUCAGACUCUGUGAGACCCAAGAAGAUCAAUAACAUCACAGUCUACUUUGAAGGAAACCCCACAGGCAGCAAAACACCCAUCACCAGCAAGCUGAUUGUGUCCUGCCCGCCUGGAGAAGGCAGCGAAACAGGAAUUAAAUGGAUUUAUUAUCUGAAGGGGAUCACCCUUUAGCUUAACCAGGUUCAAUAAAAAGCCAUCUCCUCAGCCUCAA